AUGUCAACACGUAUCAAGAACAAAGAAGACACCGGCGGGAAGCCCGCCCUCUGGCUUCUUCGGACAGCUAUCCAUUGGAAGAGGAAACGGUUUCACGCUUAUAACCUUAAACUUACGGUUCAGAACACCAGCUCCCUAGGCUGGCUAGAGGGCGGGGUUUGGGGGGGCGGUGGUAAGGUUGGAGGAUCAGAGCGGAAAGGUCUCCUGGGGUGCGCAGGUGGCCUGAGCCGUGCCCCUGUCUUGUUUCUGCUGGUGGAGUUACUUGGUACGUACCAUGAUGGCCAACCUGUAGAUGUUCCGACACUUUGA